CACCUGAUCGGCUUCUCUCCUCUCCUCCUCCCGCACUGCUCUCCAGAAUGUCGCCGCGGGAAGAGAAGUGCACGCAGGAGGGAAGACUGAGCACCCGGAUGCCGGCUCUUUGUUUAUGUGUUGGUAAUUAUAUCUGCGCACUUGCUGGUUCCCGUGACGCGCGUGUGCACGUAGGAUUCUAGUGCCAACCUUUUUUUUUUUUUACACGACAUGCUUUUUCACCGCAGCCCGCUUGAAUGUAGCAUUGCGUGCAGGCUAAGGUGAACUUUUUGGAGGAGAUGCUGCGGACCCUCAACACCCCCCAGGCCGAACAUUGGGUGCUGCCGGAUUGCGUCACUGCGUGCGAAACGCUGCAGGUAGGCGAGCCCACUCCCCACGGCGGGAGUGCUCCUCAUCCCCCGCACACGAUGUCGCCUCCCGGGGUGAGCGACUAACACGAGCGCCGGGGAUGGAUGCAGCGGAGGACCCGAGCAAAGAUCUGCCACUCCUUGGAUCGUCAUUUUGCUCAGUCCCCGACUUGGACUCGGACAUCAACGCCAAUGCCUUCAGGGCCGUCUACGAGAACGGAGCGGACGACAAUGUCCUGCGGGGGGCCAGCGACCCCAGCGCCUACCCCUCCGCGGACUACCGCGGGCUGCUCCGCCAGAGGUUCAUUCGGCGGAGCCUGUGGGUGUCGGACUUCGACGAGCACGCGGUGGACGCGGCGGAGUGCGCGCACAGCACCCCGAUGCUCAACAUCGACCUGCGCGCCAUCGUCGGCCGGACUCGAACCCGCGCUCUGCAUGCGAGCCGCCGCCAGGAGAACGCAGCGACCAAGCCGGAGGCGGACGUCAGCGCGGGAUCCGGCCAGGAGGAGGAGAAAGGUGACACCUGCCGAAGCCAGGUCAAGGAAGAGGGCGUGUCCUGUGACGUCACGGGCAAAGCAGGAAGUGAUGAGAACGAAGAGGAGCCCGGGAUGAAAGCCGUGUCCACCUCGCCCGGGGGCCGCUUCCUCAAGUUUGACAUUGAGCUGGGGAGAGGCUCCUUCAAGACCGUCUACAAAGGUCUGGACACCGACACUUGGGUGGAAGUGGCGUGGUGCGAACUCCAGGAGCGUAAACUGUCCAAAGUGGAGAGACAGCGCUUCAAGGAGGAGGCCGAGAUGUUGAAAGGUCUUCAGCAUCCCAACAUUGUUAGGUUUUAUGACUUCUGGGAGUCACCCCUAAAAGGCAAGAAGUGCAUUGUUCUGGUGACAGAGUUGAUGACCUCAGGGACGCUUAAAACCUAUUUGAAGCGCUUCAAGGUGAUGAAGCCUAAGGUUCUUAGGAGCUGGUGCAGACAGAUCCUGAAGGGCCUCCACUUCCUCCACACCAGGACGCCGCCGAUAAUCCACCGAGACCUCAAGUGUGACAACAUCUUCAUCACGGGGCCGACAGGCUCUGUCAAAAUAGGAGACUUGGGCUUGGCAACGCUGAAGAGGGCUUCCUUUGCUAAAAGUGUUAUCGGUACACCAGAGUUCAUGGCACCAGAGAUGUACGAGGAGCACUAUGACGAGUCCGUGGAUGUCUACGCUUUCGGCAUGUGCAUGCUGGAGAUGGCCACGUCAGAAUAUCCCUACUCUGAGUGCCAGAACGCCGCCCAAAUCUACCGCAAAGUCACCAGUGGCGUGAAACCUGCCAGCUACGGCAAAGUAAGCGACCCGGAAAUUAAGGAGAUUAUCGGCGAGUGCAUCUGUCACAGAUGGGAGGAAAGGUACUCCAUCAAGGACCUCCUGAACCACGCCUUCUUUGCAGAGGACACAGGUGUGAGGGUGGAGCUCAACGAAGAAGAUGAUGGCAAGAAGUCCUCCAUCGCUUUAAAGCUGUGGGUGGAGGAUCCUAAAAAGCUGAAAGGGAAGUACAAGGACACGGGCGCCAUUGAGUUCACGUUCAACCUGGUGAACGAGGUGCCAGAAGUUGUGGCACAGGAGAUGGUGGAGUCCGGCUUCUUCCUAGAUUGCGACGUCAAGAUUGUUGGCAAGUCGAUCCGGGACCGCGUGGCUCUGAUCAAAUGGAGGCGGGAGCGCACCGCCUCAUCGGGAAAUGGCGAGGCGUCGGCGAAGAAGACGCAGCAGAACCUCCUUCAGGUGCCCGGUACUUCUCAACCGCAGGGGACCGCGUUAGCCACCACUGACUAUGAAGACCAGGAGGCGGAGCAGCAGCCUUUGAUUUGCACUGUCCCAGUCACCUUGUCCACCACAUCGGACAGCGGGGCGAGCUCCACCGUGCAGUCGGACGAUCUCAGCAAACAGCAAAAUGGCUGCUACCAGUCCUUGCCUGAGCUGGCAUGCCCAGCGGCACAGGCAGUCUACAGUCCUCCUGAGACUUCAGCGCAGCAAGGAUCCUACCAGCAAACCCUAGCACAGGCCUCGCGUGAGCAGUACACGCAGGACGCCACGCAUCAGCAAACCACAGGUCAGCUGCAUCCUGCGGCUUAUCAACAACCUGCUGCACAACCGCACCUGGGGUCGGACGAGUCUCAAACAACGGUUUCUGCUCCGUCCACGCCGGCCCCUGCUGCACACCAGAGUAGACCGACAGCACAAAGCUUCCCAACUGCAACGCCCAUUGUACAGACGCAGCUCACUGCCCAUCUCAGCCAGGACCAGCGAUUACCUGCUGACCAGCCUGCAGCUCACCUGAGUCCUCCUGACUUAUCUGCUGGGUUACCACAAUGUGGCACCAGUGCACCUCCUCCUGUACUGCCCCUGCACAUCAGCACACAGUUUCCCUCAUCAUAUUGUGUUCAAGCAGGGGGCAUCAGGCCCCCUCCUUUCUCCCUGGCUCCUUUAGGUAGCCCUUACUACUCCCAUUCACCUCAUCACCACGCCAUCAUCCUGACUCCUCAUUCUGCCUCCAUUAGCACACUUCAGACCCACCGGUCCACACCUCCACCAGUUCUCCCCGUCCCACGUCCUGCCAUGACCAUGUCCUUUGUAGUGCCCCAGCAGCACAGUGGCACAGCUGCAAACACUCACAGCUUCCAUUCCACACAUGCCUUACCUCUUUCCCAGGUACAAACCAUCCCAUACUCUGUCCCCCACUCUGACCAACAACUGGCUGAACAGCCUGUCCAGGUGCAGACUGCAGCUCUACAGGGGAAUUUAGGAGACAAUCAACUUUUGGCCCCACUUCCACCUGUCCUUCCUACUCUUCAGAUGCCUCCCUGGGGAACUGGAGCAGAUGUAGAAACUCCUGCCGCCGGCACAGACUUAAGUGUAGCCCCUCCAUUUCACGCCUCGGCAGCGCUUUCAGCUCCAGAGGAGGUGGAAACUCAAACUCCAGCGUUAAUCCAGACAAAAAGUCAAGCGUCAGGAGGCCAAGUGUUGACUCAAUCAGCAACUUCCAUAGCAGUCGACGCAGCGAUUUCCGCAUCACCAAAAGUCUUGUCUACUAUCACAGUUCAUGAUUCUUUUACUCGAGGACAAACCCAACUCUCUGGACCGGGUUCGGUCAUGUUGCCAGCUCAGCAUGCUGCUCCUGUUUCUGUUCCGACUCCGGCGCCAGCAGUCUCAAUGACGUCUGAAUGUGUGAACCAGCCGGCAACUUGGCAAAAUAAGGACGCGUCAUCAUUUUCUUGCAUUUUACAGCAAGAUCCCUGCACAGAGGAAGUGUUUCUGGACAAACCAGUAUCAUUGCCGAGCUAUGCCUAUGACAGCCCCUUUUCUGAUGUGGCAUCCGGCAAGGAAGCAAGUGACAGCUAUGACAGCUUGGCCAGCGGAGGCAAAGGGGAAGGAAAACAUCGGAAGCACCAUCGGAAGUCAGCCCGCACACGCUCUCGGCAGGAAAAGACCAGCAAACCCAAACUGAGCAUGCUUAAUGUGUGCAAAACAGGUGACAAGAUGGUCGAAUGUCAGCUGGAGACUCAUAAUCACAAAAUGGUGACGUUUAAAUUUGAUCUGGACGGAGAUGCUCCUGAGGAAAUUGCCACGUACAUGGUAGAGAACGGCUUCAUCCUUCCGUUAGAGAAAGAAAUCUUCAUUGACCAGCUGAAGGACAUCGUGGAUAAAGCAGAAGACGUGUUAAAUGACGACACAGAGGGCGAGAAAGUGUCCACUUUAAGUUGUAGUCCCCAAACAGGCAAGAAUUCUGAUGGACACGUGGGAGAGACGACACAGUCCGGAGCAUCCCAGCCUGUUUACCAGCAGAAUGUUCUUCACACAGGAAAAAGAUGGUUCAUAAUCUGCCCUGUGGAGGAGACCCCCCUAUCCAGUCAGGAAACCCCGUCUGAUGGCACAGCUUCGCAGUCCCCCGGGAGUUCCGCCAACACACAGCCUGCUGGAACUGCUCGGCCUUCUACAUCACGAGCUGAAGAGGGCUCCUCCUCCACAAUGUCUGGUGGGAGUGGAGGUCUCAUCCAUGAUGUGUACGGAUUCUGUAGUCCCCCGAUUAUGUCCAACACGGACCCUCUCUUCUUGGCCACGCUGUCUCCUCCUGUGUCUGCUCCCCCAGCGCUUCAGUCGGUGCCAUCAAUGGAAGCCAUCGUCAGUGUGUAUCAAGCCCAGCCACCCAGAGCUCAGACUUUGCCUCCAUCUUCUCCACAAAGCUCUUUUCGAAUGGACGACCCGCCCGGAUCCCCCGUGGGCGCCGCCUCCCCCGUCCUCUCGGCUUUGCACGCGGCAGACAUUGCCUGUCCUGUUUCCCUGGCGGACGAAGUGCCCUGCUGUCCUCUGGUCAUGCCCCUGUCUCUGGAUGUGAACAUCUCGCCGAGCGGGUCUCCCCUCACUCCUCUCCCGCCGCAAGAGCCCGGCUCUGCCAAAGAGUCGCUGUCUCUCUCGUACGCGGCAACAGCGCGCAGCGAGCGCCCGCAGCAGCCAGUGGUACUCCACCAGCCAUUUUCCAGCGUGGGAGGGGCCAAGGUGUCCUCGCUGCCCCAGAGCCCGGCGCCAACGCAGCAUAGCGGAGGACCCGGCGAGUCGGACGGUGAGGGACGUCCGGCCCGCGGAGGCUUUGUGGACAGCACUAUAAAAACUCUGGACGAAAAACUUAGGAACUUGCUGUACCAGGAAUACGCUCCCAUGUAUCCAUCAGGUAGUGCUGCUGAGACGCCAGGUUCUUGUACCGAGUACAUCCAGUCUCCUCCUGGUCCUGACAGCGCUACUGGGGGGUCAGGAAACAGCACGCCAGGUCCUUUGGAGGAGGGUCGCUUUAGAGCAGGAGAACAACUGCCACAAAUUCCAGAGAGAAUGGAUAGCUUGAGCACUCUAAGUGACUCUGCUGUGUGUGCUUCGCAUUCAAAAAGACACGUCCCUCAUUCUGUCUCCUGUUCUGGGGCAAGAGGCCGGUUUAAGAUCAUCUCGGCUCCUCCUGACGUGGCCAACAAGCGAGACGUGAAGCAGAGGAGCUGGAGCAGCGUCGCCUCACCAGUGCACCCUGCAGGUUUCAAUGGUCCCACCGAGGCCAUGACUCCCUCCACCACCAUCGGGCGUUUCUCUGUGGUCAGCACCGAGGACGACUUCACGCAGAGAACGCGCUGCAGCCGUUACUCCGCCCCUCCUGACUUCUACCUGGACACGCCUCCCUCUGUGGCGAAUCAGAACACCUUGCCUCACCCCGUCGCCUCAGCGUCCGUGCCCGUGGACAUCACAGUUCACGCUCGCUCCCUCUCCUCCGACUCGGGGGCGGAGAGUAGCCCGGCUAAGGCGGCCCCGGCCACCCCGAGUCAACGCGCUCGCUCCGAGCGAAGAGGAAGCGACCUGAUGAAGAGGGCGGUGGCCUUCCUCAGACGUUCGGGGCGCAGCAGCAGCGUGCAGAGUUCCGAUUCUCCAAGCAGGCGUGGAGGCUUGCCCGGUUCUGCCUACGCCAGCAGCGAUAAUGACUCCGAGAUGGAGGACUCCGACAUGAAGAGAGAACUUCAGAGACUGAGGGAGAAACAUCUAAGAGAGAUCUCGGAGCUUCAGGCCCACCAGCGAGGAGAGGUGGAGCUGCUGUAUUGCCGGCUGGGGAAAGCCCCUCCCGCAGGGCUGACGUACUCGCACGUAGCGCCGCCUGUGGGACGCAGAAAAAGGUCUGGCAAGCACAGGCUAAAACCCGGCAAACUGCUCAGCCCUCUGGUGCAGCAGUUCCGACACGUCACCAAUAAAAGCGCCGACUGCGGCAGAACCGCCGCUCCAGGAAGCGGUGACACGGCUGUGAGCUUAAACGGAUCUCCAGCCAGGGGGUCCAUCGCCACUCAGGGUGGGGCCCGCUCUUGCACCGGUCACUUACCCAGCUCAGCCUCGGAACCCGUGCAGACUCAGCAGCCCUGCUCCCUCAAGGGCUCCUUGUCGACGGAUAACAUUUACGCGGGACUGUAUGGAGAUGGCACCAGUGCACAAGCGCCGCUAGGACAAGGCUGGUCUAAUCACCCUCAACCGUCUGAGAGAGUGACCUAUAAAUCCAGUAGCAAGCCCCGAGCUAGAUUUCUCAGUGGGCCUGUGCCUUUAUCUAUCUGGACGACGUUGAAGCGACUGUGUCUUGGCAAAGAGCGCGGCAACAGAUUCGGCGCCAAUUCAGGGGCUGUUAAUCCGUUGCAGCAGCCGCCCACCGGGGCCACCCCGCCUCCUCAUCCGCCAGUGAUGGGACUGGCGCAGGCUCAGGCCAAUAACAGCAACAACAAGACAGGAAGCUACGCCGGCUCAUCAAUGAGUGCCGCCGACAUAAACCUGCCUGAAGAUCUGCAAAGACUGAUGGAGCACUGGGCCCAGGAGGUUCUCAUUGUCUCCCACAGGCCGCGCACUAACUCCCUGCACAUUGGUGGGCAGCAGCUUCUGGAUCAGAUGCUUCCCACAACUCGUGAAGAACUUCCUAGUACUUCAGAGGUGUUGUCAUGGAUGAUCCCAGGUGUGGAAAGCAGCCACCUUCCACUGGCAUGGCCUGAAAACCUCGCCAUGAUCAACACAGGCCCAGGCAGCAUUUGUCAGCUCCUCUCGCCCGCUCAUCUCCGCCUGGGUCAAUCACCCCGAGCGCCCCUCGCCCUUCCUUCUGGAAUCUCUGCCUUUCCUGGUACACCCCCAGCCCCGGAUGCUCCCCCAGAGGCGGACCCCAAAGCAAGAACUCUCUAAUCCGACGUAGCAGCGUCUUCCAAGUCGUACCAAAAAACACAAGAUGUAGUCCAUGUGCAAAUACUGUACAUAGUGUAUUUAAGCAUACCUCAUGUUCAUGUGCAGUGCAAUUAUCUAAAUGCUGAUUCGGGUCAUUGCUGGAGUGACUUGACUUCAUUUGUGUUGCUCUUGUAUAUAAGAAGUCAUCUGUACAUAAGUUGUGUGUUUGUACAGUAGAUGCUGCUGCAGCUUGGUGUCUUAGUGCAACACCUGAGCAGUCAGCAUCAUGGCGACACUGUGAACGACCUGUGCUCCGCAGGACACUGCUAGCGGUUCUUAUUAUAUACACUAUAUCAUAUUUAGAUAAAUAUAUAUUUUUAUUUUUAUUAGUUUUUUUUUCCAUUGAUAAUGAAAUGCUUCCAGCACAGGAAUAUUCUUCAGAGAUUUGAAUGGACUUUAUUUUCAGGUGAAAACCACCUGUGAGUGUGCCUUGCAUUGCAGUUUCUGGAGGUUCAAAGGAAGUUAUUAACAAUGUAAAUAUCCUUCAUUUAUGCAUACUCAGCACUUCAAUAGAUUACAAACGGACUGUUCAGGUUGUUUUAGAAGAUAGUUCGCCCUCAUCCGAAAGGUUUCACCAGUUAAUGCUCAUGCCUAGAUAGGAUAGCUCCAGCCUGGGAAUUUGUCAUCUAUUCUCAUGACGAGAUAGGACAGCAUGAACUGAUCAAGCCUAAUAAUAACUACAAUAAAAUCAGUUCAUGCGGGCGACUAGAUAGGACAGGUCUAGUCUAAGGGGUUAGCCUAUCUUGUCGUGAGCAUGAAUCGAUUUUGUUUUUAGGCUGCAUUUGUUCACGCUGUCCGAUCUAAUCAUUAACAUGAAUUGACGGAGCCUAACAGACUAAAAAUAAAUAAGCUCAUGCUCCUGACUAGAUAGGACAGCACUAGCCCGAGAGUUUGACCUAUAUAAUCUUAAGCAUGAACGGACAUAGCCGAAAGUUGUUGUCCUAUCCAGUCAUCAGCAUCAACUGAUUAUGGUUAAAAAUAUAUUUAUGCUCAAGACUAGAUUGGACAGCUUUAGUCCGAGCAGUUGUCAUUUAUUCUCAUGACUGGAUAGGACACCCUGAACGAAGUGAGUCUAAAAAUAAAUGCAAUCAAAUCAAUAUAUGCUCAUGACUAGAUAACACAGCUUUAGGCUGAGGGGUUGUCAUUUAUUCUCAUGACAAGAUAGGAUAGCUCUCGUCUGAGGGGUUGUCAUUUAUUCUUCUGACAAGAUAGGAUAGCUCUCGUCUGAGGGGUUGUCAUUUAUUCUUAUGACUAAUUAAGACAGCAUGAACGAAGUGAGCAUAAAAAUAAAUAUAUGAAAUCAAUGUUUGCUCAUGGCUAGAUAAGACAGCUCUAGUCUGAGGGGUUUCCAUUUAUUCUUAGGAGCCUAAAAAGAAAUACAAAUGUACUCAAUAUUUGCUCAUGACUAGAUAGGACAGUUCUAGCAUGAGAGGCUGUCAUUUAUUAUCAUGACUAGAUAGGACAGUGGUAGUCUAAGGAAUUGUUAUUUAUUAUCAUGUUGGUCUAAGAGGUUGUCAUUUAUGGUCAUGACUAGAUAGGACAGCAUAAACAGAGGAAGUUUAAAAAUGAAUAAAGCAAAUCAAUAUGUGCUCAUGACUAGAUAGGACAACUCCAUGCUGAGAGAGACUCCAUGACUAGAUAGGACAGUGUUAGUUUGAGCGGUUCUCUAUUCUCAUGAUUAGAUAUGACAGGGAUGGUCUGAGGUGUUGUCAUUUAUUCUCAUGACUAAAUAGGACAGCGUUACCUCAGGAAACCUAAAGAUAAUUCAAUCAAUACAGUAUGUGCUCAUGACCCGACAGGAAAGCUCUAGCCUGACAGGUUAUCGUUUAUUCUCAUGACUAGAUAGGACAGCUCUAGUUUGAGGGGUUGUCAUUUAUUAUCAUGACUGGAUAGGACACCAUUAACAGAGUAAGCCUAGAAAUAAAUAAAAAGUAUUAUGUGGACAUGAAAAGAUAGGACAGCUGUAGCCUGAGAAGUUGUCACCUAUUCUCAUGACUAGAUAGGACAGUAAUAAUCUGAGGUGUUGUCAUUUAUUGUCAUGACUAAAUAGGACAGCACUACUUCAGGAAGCCUAAAGCUAAAUACAAUUCAAUCAAUACAGUAUGUGCUCAUGACCAGAUAGGAGAGCUCUAGCCUGACAGGUUAUCGUUUAUUCUCAUGACUAGAUAGGACAACUCUAGUUUUAGGGGUUGUCCUGACUAGAUAGGAAAAGCACGAACAGAGUAAGCCUAAAAAUAAUAAAAUAUGUGCUCGUGAAAAGAUAGGACAGCUAUAGCCUGAGAAGUUGUCAUCUAUUCCCAUGACUAGAUAGGACAGUGAUAGUCAGACGUGUUGUCAUUUAUUCACAUGACGAGAUAGGACAGCAUGAACAGAGUAAGCCUAAAAAUAAAUUGAAUUCAAUCAAUUAGUACUCCUGACAAAAUAGGACAACCCUAGCCUGAGAGGUUGUCUUCUCAAUACUGGAAGGACAGCUGUAGUCUGUCCUAUCUAGUCCUGAGCAUGAACUGAUUUUAUUUUUAAGCUGGUAGGCUUUUUAUGUUCAUGCUGUUCUACCUAGUCACAAGCAUGAACUGAUGGAUUUUUUUCGGAAUCGUCAGUUCAGGCUCAAAACUAGAUAGGACAGCCUUAGUCUGAGAGCUGGUCCUGAUGAAGUCUGCAUGGAUGAAAGGUGAACAAUCCACUUGUGCUUGAUUCAACGUGCUGAGAAUGCAACGACUGAGAAUAUUCAUAGGCUUGAAUUAUGCGAUGAGAAUAAUCAUGAAAUAUUGCAUUGUGGGAAAAAAAAGUUUCAGCUCGGGACGUGUGCUUCAAUCUACUUCCUGUAGUCAUCCCCUGCAUGAUGUCAUCAUUGACUAUUAUCAUCAUUGAUAUCAUCAUUGUUGUGUGAGAGCUGAGUUUCAGGUCCACGCUGCAUGGAUCGGCUUUGACGCGCAGGUGGAGAAAGCUUCGAAACCAGAAUGAGAAAGGGAAACCUUCCCUUACCUCUUCUUGCGUGUAGCGCCACCUAUCGCUCGUUGCCUUGGAGAGUCGCUGCGUGCUGGUGACAGAAGCAUGGCAUUAUUAGUUCCAGUUUCCACAUCACUAAUCACACAUUUAGAGUCAAUACUUCAACACAAUACUGAUGAAAGAUAAACGUAAACGAGUGCCAGAAGUGGCACAAUGGCGAAUUGGACAUGUGUUAGCAUUGAUGCUACAACUUACAUAUUUGAAACAUUUUCUAAGUUAGCCUUACUGCGUGUGUCUGUAGCUUUAAUGCUAAUGAGCUGUUUGUUCUUAACCCUACACGUGUCCAACAUAUCACGCAAAACUGCAUGCCGGCAUUACAUUUGACCACAAAAACGAAAUCAAAUGUACAGCUGCCAUGUCUGUAGCUGAUAGUGGAGCUCCAGGCUGCGUUUUAAGAUGUGUAGCAAAGCCUGCUUUUUUACAAAGGGAGGGUGGUAUAGGUUUGCACCAAUUGACGACAUUUUAGCAUCUUUGAUGUAUCCAAUGGGAUCCUUUAUCUUUUAUGUAUGGACAAAUUAUAGUAGUAUUUUAUAUUUCAUUAUAUAUGUUAAUUAAACUUGUUUUCCCCCCC